AGCGUCUCUGUCGCCGCUCGCCGGACGCUAGUCUAGUACUACGCGCCAAAGAAAACGCCGAUUUUCCCAUUUUCAUCUCUCAUUGUUCUACACUGUGGAGUUGAUGAAACGAAAAUUCUAUAAUCCAAGGCCGCAAAUAAAGGAAAAAGAAAAGAAAAUUGUACCUAUGUGUCUAUCGUGGUAGAGUUCGAAAUUCAAACUGAUUGUUUUUUUUCAGUCAAGUGUGUUCUAUAUCCGCUGACGAUCAUAAAAAGAACGAAAAUAGACAGUAUGUUUACGACUUGGACCGUGAAUUUUGAAUCAUUGGGAAUUUGUCUUUUUUCAGUGAACCAAAUUAACAAUGUUUAUAAUUUAUAAAGAAUGAAUGCACCUGGCUGAAAUACAUUGUUAUUUAAUUAAGUGUGCCUAAGGACUACUCUAAAGUUCGAUAGUUUUAAAUUUGAAAUGACUGUUUCAGCCAAGUGAAAAUAUCGAAUCGAUCAAAAUAUUCAUUCCCCACUUUGUGUCGGUCAACGGAAAUAGAUUCAAGCGCGUGUGACGUAGCAUUUAUAUUCAGUGUUUGUAAAUAGUGAAUGAGUGACUGAAUUGAAUAGUAGCUAAACGACGAUGAGUGAAUAACUGAAUGAUUGAACGAGUUUAAUGUUCCUGAAAAUAGUGAUACAUAAAGUAAAUAAAUAAAAUUUAAAUAUACCUAUUGUUGAAUAGUGAAAAACCUGACAAAUUUAAAAGUGGCAUGCGAUAUAAAAAUACAUAAUAGAGAACUUUUCAAAUACAUUUCAAUCUUCGUAGGUAGCUGAAAUUUGCAAGACAGUGAAACUAAAUGAAAAAUAACAACAUGGCUCUGCCGAUGCUGAGACGGUGUUGCGGGUGCCUCUCUUUAGAAAAAGGCUGUCUCAUUCUGUCGAUCUUGUCCACUUUGCUCUGCAUAGCGUACAUCAUAGCAGGUUCGUGGUACUUACCACGGCACAAAGAUAGAAAGCCAGAAGACAACCUGAUCUCUAUGACUAUAUUGAUGUUCGCCACUCUUUCUGCUAUCAGCAAUGUCGUGGCUUUGAUGGGGGUUAUAUUACGUCGCGCAGGCUGCCUGCAGCUGUCUCAGCUGUUCAACUCUGUGUUCAUCCUGUGCAUAUUCCUGGUGGCGGUGGUGGCUUGCCUCUUCAGCCCCGAGCUGGAGCCUUACAUGCAGCAGCCUGGAUAUUUAGCUGCCAUCGUCAUAUUCAUUAUCGCUAAAGCAGUAUACUACGCGUAUUAUUUAACUAUAAUAAACAGCCUGUACAGGAAGAUGAAGAUGUAUGGUGACACCGCCUUACCUAUAUAACAGACGUGCCUAUAAUAGAAGUACUGUUGCCUAUACAAUACUUGUGCCUAUGUAAAAUAUACUAUUUAUAUAGAAGACUGCUAGUUGCUACAUCUCAAACAAAUGUGAUCAAAUACGCUUUUAUAAUAAUAUGUUUAUGUACUUUGUAGUUUUGUAUGGAGAAUAAAUUAAUGUAAGUUAAUUUUAAUUUUUUAUUUAAUAUGAGUUUUUGCCCAGGCUCAGCUAACAUAAAAUUCAAGGCAAGUUUGAAUUGUUGAGGCACCAUAGUCAGUUUAUUUAGAGCAAUAUCAGUCUGACAUAUUGCUCUCGAACAGCGAAAGUUUUAUUUCUAUCGGUAUAAUACCUACUUACCUAGUUAUAACGUGAUUUACACACUCACAAAUAACAAAUGAUCAGUUUAAAAUUAUUGUAACUUUAAUAGUUAUGAAAAAAUAAAGUUAAAGUUAAAGUUUUUAAAAUAGUGGUGCGUCCUUUUCAUGUAAUAUAACUUGUUACAUGGUUUCAUAAAUUUUUGUUAUUGUGUGGACACGUCUUGUUCCAUAACAAGGUACAAUUUGUUAUGUGAAACAAUUUGCAUUAUGUGGAUGCAUUUUUCCAAACAAUUUUUGAUCAUUAUUUUAAUCACUUUCCCAUCAUUUUAAUCAAUUUUCCAGGUAGGCAUUUCUUAUUUUUUUCAUUGAAAACACAUGUUAGUAUAAGAACUGUUCAAGAACCAUGAAUGUUGGAAAUAACAAUUUUAAGGUAAGAACUAACGACAAAUAAAUCAAAAGAAUAAAGUUGUUUACUUCAUUUAUUUUGCAAUAUUAAAUGCAUUUUACUAAGCAAUUGUACAACAGUCAGAAACAUCAAAAUUUUCUAUAAAAUCAAUAUAAAUUUCACAUUGUUUUUGUAAAUAAGUAUGACAACAUUUAAAGCGUUAACAAUUGAUCUUUAGUUGUGGAAACAUUAUCAGUUUUAGUACAAAUACGGGUCCUUUCACAUACUUUAAUAUAAAAAACAAAUAGAGGGACUUUCCUAUUAAAAUAUUUUGUCAGACAAAAAUGUAUGCUGUUGUAAAUAUACUGAGAGGCUACUGUAAGUGGGUUAUGGGUAUAGGUACCUAUUUUCUUGAAAUUA